CUCCUCAGGCUGUGCUUCAUUUCGAUUUUGUUCCUAAAUUUAUCGCGUGAAAAUAGACGGAACAUUCCUUCAACCAAUCAAAUUCCGAUAUAAUCGCCUCACCUUAUCAGUGUCUCCGCCCACCGUUGGUGUUAGCCAAUCAGGCGUGGCGAUGGUUCGAGGCCGUUUCCGGUUUCGCUGACGUUUCCAUGAGGCAGUAAUCUGGCACGCGCUGCUCCCGCCGCUGUCACAGCCUGUUGCUGUCUGAGUGCGCGCGCGCGGCUGCUCUGUUCUACAGGCUCGACCCGGCUCCGUUCUGACGUCAUGCCCACAGCCAGUGAGAACGCUCUGUUUGGGAUGGGUAAUCCCCUGCUGGACAUCUGUGCCGUGGUGGACAAAGACUUUCUGGACAGGUAUGGCCUGAAGCCCAAUGAUCAGAUCCUAGCAGAAGAGAAGCACAAAGCACUGUUUGAUGAGCUUGUGAAGAAGAGUAAAGUGGAGUACCAUGCAGGUGGCUCGACACAGAACUCUGUUAAAAUUGCACAGUGGAUGAUCCAGGAGCCCCACAAGGUGGCGACGUUUUUCGGCUGUAUAGGGAAAGAUCACUUUGGGGAGAUCCUGAAGCAGAAAGCGGCUGAAGCUCACGUGGACGCUCAUUAUUACGAGCAGAACGAACAACCGACAGGAACCUGUGCAGCCUGCAUCACCGGGGACAACAGGUCUCUGGUUGCUAACCUGGCAGCUGCAAACUGUUACAAUAAGGAGAAACAUCUGGAUCUGGAGAGUAACUGGAACCUGGUGGAGAAAGCAAGAGUCUACUACAUUGCUGGUUUCUUCCUGACCGUAUCUCCGGAGUCGGUGUUGAAGGUGGCCAAGCACGCGAGUGAACACAACAAGAUCUUCAGCCUGAACCUGUCGGCUCCCUUCAUCAGUCAGUUCUUCAAAGGGCCGCUGAUGAGCGUCAUGCCCUACGUCGACAUCCUGUUCGGCAACGAGACGGAAGCAGCUACGUUUGCAAAGGAGCAGGGAUUGGAGACGGAUGAUAUAGAAGAGAUUGCGCACAGGGUGAAGCUCCUCCCCAAAGUGAACAGGAACAGACAGAGGAUUGUGGUGUUCACUCAGGGGCAGUAUGAUACCAUCGCCACUGUGGGUGAGAAGGUGAUGAGGUUCAAGGUGUUGGAUAUUGAUCAGAAUGAUAUUGUGGACACUAACGGAGCAGGAGACGCUUUUGUAGGAGGGUUCCUCUCUGAGCUGGUUCAGGAGAAAUCUCUGGAGCAGUGUAUCUAUGCAGGUCACUACGCUGCUAACGUCAUCAUCCAACGCUCCGGGUGCACCUUCCCCGAGAAACCGGACUUUCAUUAACAAGCCCCUCUCUCUCUCUCUCCCUCUCUCUCUCCCUCUCUCUCUCUCUCUCUCCCUCUCCCUCUCUCUCUCUCUCUCUCUCUCUCUCUCUCUCUCUCGCUCUCCAUAUCCACCUCUUUCUCCUACAUCUUAAGCGACAUGACUCCCGUGCCUCUACAUUUGUUUACAGUUGUUUCAAGGGCAUUCUUAAGCAAAAAAAAAUAAAAGUUAUAAUGUCUUAAACUUGUUCGGUCGAGAACCAUGCAGAGUACAGCACUUCCCAAGCCGCCUCCGUGUAUCAGUGACAGGAAGUGAUGCGUGAGCUCAGAUUUUUACACACAUACAAGUCUUGGAGAAAGAAUCAAAGAUGAACUUUUUUUUAGGUCCAAAUGAGACGUUCUGGUUGUAUAAAUCUAUGGAAAUGUUGCUGUAAGGCAUCGAUGGUUAGGUGUCUGGUGUAACAUUAUUAACUGGAGUGACUGAAAGACUUUAGUCUUCAUUGUUAGCUUAGCAGUGUUUGUUUCUUGCGGCACACCAAACUUUGAAAAAACACGCACAAAUGUUAAAUAUGCAUGAUGUAUGUCUUAAACAGUCUCUCUCCCUUUCUCUCUCUCACACACACACACACACACACACACACACACACACACACACACACACACACACACACACUCCAAUAUACAUAUUAUAUCUAUAUUUAAAUACACACUACAAUAAAGAGGUCAUUAUUA